UCGAUGUUGACAUAUCAGCUAAACCCUGUAAGAUUUGGAUAUGUCCUUCAUCUUUGACUGGAUUUACAGCGGUUUCAGCAGUGUGCUGCAGUUUUUAGGAUUAUAUAAGAAAACUGGUAAAUUGGUAUUUCUUGGAUUGGACAAUGCAGGAAAAACAACACUUCUACACAUGCUAAAAGAUGACAGACUUGGACAGCAUGUUCCAACGUUACAUCCCACUUCAGAAGAACUGACCAUUGCUGGCAUGACUUUUACAACUUUUGAUCUGGGUGGACAUGUUCAAGCUCGAAGAGUGUGGAAAAACUACCUUCCUGCUAUCAAUGGCAUUGUAUUUCUGGUGGAUUGUGCAGACCAUGAAAGACUGUUAGAAUCAAAAGAAGAACUUGAUUCACUAAUGACAGAUGAAACCAUUGCUAAUGUGCCUAUCUUGAUCCUUGGAAAUAAGAUCGACAGACCUGAAGCUAUCAGUGAAGAGAGGUUACGAGAGAUGUUUGGUUUAUAUGGUCAGACAACAGGAAAGGGCAGUGUAUCUCUGAAAGAACUGAAUGCCAGACCCUUGGAAGUCUUCAUGUGCAGUGUGCUCAAAAGACAAGGCUAUGGAGAAGGCUUCCGCUGGAUGGCACAGUACAUCGAUUAAUACCCACCCACAGGGGUUCCAGGUCUCUCCACUCGGGCCUACUCAGAGAUUUGAUCACCCAGCAUAUAUAACUUGAAUUAAAUAGACUUUUGUUGGUUAUAAUACAGAUGUUUUUUAGAUUAUUAAUAUUUUAUCAAUUUGAGUGAAAAUUGAAAACUGAUUGAAAUCAGUUUGAAUAUCACAAUGUUAGCUUUCUAAUUCCAUGAAAAUAAUCAGUUUCUACCGUUUAUAAUCCGACAUGUGUCUCCAGCUGCACCAUUUGUAAAAGAGGCACUUUCUAACACCAUGAAAGUACAACUGUAAACCAUAUUGAAAAGCUCAUAUCAUGUUAAAUUUUUUAUGUAUUUUUUUUGAAUGCAUUUAAAAAUUUAAAUUAUAUGUCCAUCUAUCUUAAGUAUACAGUUAAUAAUAAUAAUUAACUUAUCGAUGGUUGCAUGAUGCCUUACAAUUUCAAUCAUUUUUCUUAUGCAAAUGUCAUGCAAUAAAACAAACUCUAAUGUUUGGCAAA